AUGUUUGGCGCCCUCAACAGAUUCAUUGGCCGGCUCGACAGCGAGGCUGUUCAGAAUAAUUCAAACGGUCCUGGAGACAACUCAUUCGGUUUCCAAAUACUCCGCAACAAGGAUGGUGACUUACCACUAGAGCCGUGGUUUGAUUUUAUUAUUGGAAUAAAUGGCCGUCUGAUUGAGGAACCGGAUCAUAAUCUCUUCGUCACGGAAGUCCGCAACUGCGCCGGCUCAAGUGUGUCUUUAGAAAUAUGGAGCGCAAAGGGUCAACGGACGCAUACAAUCUCUAUCCCCGUCUCGAAAGAGAACCCGUCAUUAGGCCUGACCUUACAACUCACGCCACUAUCAGUCACACAACACAUCUGGCAUGUUCUGUCAAUACCGUCACCCCUCAGUCCUGCCUACCUUGCCGGCUUGUUAGAACACUCCGAUUACAUUCUAGGAUCACCAAGUGGCACGCUACGAGGAGAGUCAGCACUCGGCGAACUGGUGGAGGACCAUCUCAACCGAAGUCUAGUGUUAUGGGUAUACAAUAGCGAGUUCGAUGUUGUCCGAGAAGUAGAGCUGGUCCCAACAAGAGGCUGGGGCGGAGAAGGUGCUUUGGGCGCUGUCCUUGGAUACGGAGCAUUACAUAGGCUACCCGUGGGCUUGGGUGAAGAAGUAGAGGGUCCCGGUGAAGUCGUCUUUGAGACAAAAGAGGGCGGACAGGAGCAAUUGAGGGAAACACCUGCAUUCAACCCCUCUUCGGCAGCUCCUGACAGUAGUUAUCUUGUCCCUGCCAACUUAGCCGCACCUCCUCCUUUAUCGUCACCUACCAGUACUCUUAACAGUUCCGCUGCCCCUCGAUCAAGCAAAACACGACGAAAUCGACAUGCAGGAAUCUCGCCCAGCCGAACAUUUGAUGAAUAUUUCGCCGAAGGAGAACAGAAAAGUAAAGAAGAGGACUUUACACCUUCACGGAAAGGCACGCCGCUUGCACCACCACCACCACCACCACCACCAAAGGUUGGAGGCCCGCCGUAA